GUUCUCUUCCUGCCUGGGCUUAGGUGCACACGUGGAGUGACUGGUUAACUGGGCUGGCUGCUCUUCCUUGAUUUCAAGGAAGCUGUUCCUGGUGGGAAAGGCAACAUCCAGGAGAAAGCAGAAGUGGUCUGUGGAUCCACGGAACAGCGCUUGGAGCAACGAUGAUUCCAAAUUUGGCCAGAAGAUGCUGGAAAAGAUGGGCUGGUCCAAAGGAAAGGGUCUCGGGGCUCAGGAGCAAGGAAAUCCAGAACACAUCAGGGUUAAGGUGAAAAACGACGUGCUGGGAUUGGGAGCUACCAUCAAUCACGAGGACAACUGGAUUGCUCAUCAGGAUGACUUCAACCAGCUUCUGGCUGAGCUGAACAACUGCCAUGGACAGGGUGAAACAGAGUCCUCAGUGAAAAAGCAGAAAAAGACAUUCAGCCUCGAAGAAAAAUCCAAAUCUUCCAAGAAACGUGUCCAUUAUAUGAAGUUUGCCAAAGGUAAGGAUCUCUCAUCUCGCACUGAACAGGACCUGUCCUGCAUUUUUGGGAGAAGGCAGAAGAGUGCCAAGACCCAGGAGGAUAUUGCUGAUCCUGACUCCCAAGAAGAGGAGAGGACCAAGUGUCUCUCCAGCCCUGGAGAUGGUUCCAGCACAGUGAAGAGUGCUCUCACUGUCCAGGAAUAUUUUGCCAAGCGCAUGGCAAAGCUGAAGGGAUCCCAGCAGGAAACAGAACCAAAGGUGGAUCAUUCCAGCCCAGCAGCUGAAGAAGCUGUGGAGCCUUCAGAAGAGCUGGAAACCAAAGUCAAAAAGAAAAAGAAGAAGCAGAAGAGAGAUGAUGAGGCAGAAAGGACAGAGGACUGUGAGAAACCAGGGAAAAAGCCUAAGACAGGGAGCUUGAAUGGAAAGGAACUGGAUGAUCCACUAAAUGAAUGUCACAAAAGGAAAAAAAAGAGGAAACAUAAAGAGGAGAACGAAGGAGAAAACAUCAGUUGUUAUGAGAAUACAGGCAAUGGAGAAAUUUCUGUGGGAAUGUCUGAGGGGGAGGAACUCAGCACAGAGGAGCAGGAGGAAAGGCAGAAGAAACGCCACAAGAAGAAGCACAAAAAGCAAAAAGAGGAGACAGGGGAGUGUGGGGAAGGAGCACCCAGAAAGAAAAAGAAGCACUGCAAGAACAUUUAACCCUUUCAGGCUCAGGGGUUAGUCUGUGUUGUAGGAGGCUCUGUGUAAACACAGCACCAGUCCAGGCUUGGACACUGCUCCAGCUCCAGAUGGAUCUAAGCACAGUCUGGAUCUAAACUCAGACUGGAUUUAAACUCAGACUCUAUCUAAACCCACCUUUUCCAAGGAUAAACAUGGUGAUGGGCCAACAGGAGCUUCAGUCCAUGUUCAAAAGGGAUCCACAUGGAGGAUCAACACAUCAAGACUGUGAAAGGCAGGGAAUGACUUUCUGCUGCUUCACCUGACUGUGUUUUUCUCAAUCCAUGAAAAAAAAUUAAAAAUCACCCUAGUACUGCCUUUUUUAUUAAAAUUGUUUUCACUUGUGAGAGCCCAGCUCUGCUUCUGGAAGCAGGAGGGGGUUUGCAAAGCUGUUUGUGUUUUUUCCUUGAUUUUUGAAAAGUGGUGUCUAAUUUUUACAUUUAUCUCUUUUUACAUAUAAAGUGAAUGUUGUUUCUUCCCAAAGUGCUUACUCUGAUUAAAAGUUUGCUCAAAAAAGUGUCAGCACUUAAGGGUGAAAUAAAAAGACCUCCCUGUGCCUCCAAACCAUUGUCGAACAGUUGUAACUUUGCACCAAAGCUGAAGGAAACGUGUAUUUACCUUAUCAUUUAGUAACCAUACCUAAAUCUUUGAUUUCCAGGCAAUAUUCAGGAUCUCUUCACUGGUACCUCUGGAAUCCAGAAAGCUGCCUUGGAUAAAGCAAGGCUUUUUCCUGAAACUGGGAGACCAAUAGAUUUUAAAAGCACAGUCAGAUUGCUGUUGCCAUUCACACAUUGAAAACUUGCAAUUUGGAUUUAUAACCAAACUAGAGCUUGUUUCUCAUUGUAAGCCUGGAAAUAAGGAAUGCUGGAACUGGGCACUGCCACAAGCAGUUUUGUGGGAGAUCUGAAGCAUUCAGCAUGAAUUUUGGCAUUUUAAUGUCAUUUAGAGCUGUCAUGAGAGAUGGGUGGGCUUGGAAGUGGUGGAAUGGGAAGAAGGAUUCGCCUUCCUGGUGUCCUGUUCUGAUAUUUCUUUGGCCACAGCAAACUGACAGCACAACCCUGAAGACCAGAGAGUUAUUCUGGCAGAAUCCAGAAUCCAAAUCCAUGAGCUGCUCAUUUCAUCCAGGCCUGGCUGGGUUUCAUCAGUGUAAAUAUAAAACAUCCCAUUGGCUGCUCUGCUGAAGCAAAUGGGUACAUUUUUAUAUUGUCUCAGCUCAGUGGAGUUGCUUAACACGGUCUGAGGAACAUUGUCAAGAUGCAGAUGUUAAUAGGGAAAAAAUUUCCUUAAGCUGCCUUUAUUGUGCAGUGGAGGAAGCUCCAUCUGCAGCACCCAGACCACAUGGAUGGUUUGGUUGCAGCUCAACUCUGGUUUUUUAAGAUCUCUUAGUUUUCCAAAGCACCUUUUUUUCCUGCUGCCUUCAGGACAUGCUCAUUCACUGCAGCAAAAUGAAAUUUCACUUCUUGCAUAGGAGAACAAGAUGCCUUUCCCUGGAUUUCACAUGCCAGGGAUUUUAACCCUUGUUGCAUCUACUUUUCAGGCUGUACAAUUAUUAUUCACCAUAAUCUGCUUGUCCCUGGCUGCCUUAAAUGAAAUACCACCAAAUACCAUCAGUUAUUGUCAAACUGGGAGGAAACUCCAUGCUUGAGGUGAAAAAAAUCAUCUUCUCAGUGAAAGAAGACAGCAAAAUAAUGUUUUAUGUUAAACUGAAGCAUCCCUCCUGAUUUCUUGCUCACCACAAGUUGGAAUUUUUGUUAUUAAAAUCCAAAAGCCUGAUUGUUUCCAAUUAUUAUUUUUUAACUCUUAAACCAACGAAACUUUACAGCCUCUCUGGGAUUUCAUUUUAAAAAGGUGCUACUCAAGGAAUAAGGUUUCCUUCCCCAAAUACUGCUGGGCUAGUUUGUUUGUUCCCUCUGUGAAUUUUCAUGUGUUUCUGUGUGCUAAUUCUUGUGGGUGCUUGGCCACAUUCCAGUGUCAGUUACAGGAAGAAUAAAACCAGGAAUAAACCUUUAAAUUUGUGCUGUUGCUCCUAUUAAAUUCAGGAUACCCAAGACUUAAAUCUGGUUCAGAUGGAAGUAUCAGCUACCAAUGGAAGAUUCUCUAUUUCUGCAAUAAAUACACAGCACUUUACCCUGGGAAAUGUGGAAUUUUAAUGUGCCCCAAGCUCUGCAUGUGGUAGUAGGAGGGGAAAAUCAUAAUAAAUAAAUAAUCAUAAAUCAUAAAUUGCUUGUAUUUGACAGAAACAAUUGAUUUAACUGCUCUGCUCUGUGUUUGUGGUCAACAUUACUCAGUGAAAAGCUCUUCUUACCAGAUACUGUCCAGUGAAAUGGAUGAUUGGAACAAGAGAAACAUGUCUCAGAGUAAUAAAUUACAUAUAUAUUUUUU